AUUACUCAGGGCAUUCUACAAUAUCUGUUAGUUUGGUUGUGGAUUAAUUAAAGUAAUGCCCAAGAAAUUUCAAGGAACAAAUACAAAAGCAGUCGAGGCAAGAGCACGAAAAGCUGCACAGCAAGCUGAGAAACAAGACUUGAAGAAAAAACAAGAAGAAGACCUUUACUGGCAAGAUGACCACAAGAUUAAUCUCCGGAAACAAAAUAGAAAAGAAAUACAGGAGAAAAAGAAACUUGAGACGUUAAACAAAAAGAAGGAACUGGCUGAACUUUAUGAAGCAGAGCAGAGCAAUUUAGGAAAAUCUGCCAAACCUGCUCCAACUAAAGUGUCAAGAGCAGAUAUAGAGGCACAGAAGCAAAAGGAAAAAGCUGAGAAGCUUGUGGAUGAGAAACGGGUUAGUUUGGAAAAGAAGAAAAUUGUUGUGCAGGAAGAUGUAUUGGAGGAAAAUAUCAAUCAAACAGUCGCGAAUAGUUUAACAAAUGCUGAUGCAGUGGAAGCGCGGUCUGUAUCGGAUGCCAUCUCUGCAUUAAGCGUGAAAGAAGAGCUGGAUCGUCAUCCUGAGCGGAGGUUGAAAGCUUCGUUUAAGAAGUUUGAGGAAGAAUACAUGCCGAAGUUAAAGGCUGAAAACCCGAACCUUAAAUUGUCACAACUUCGUCAAACACUGAGGAAAAUGUGGCAGAAAUCACCGGAAAAUCCAAUGAACCAGAAAAGCAUGUCAUACAACGCCAAGUAAAUUGAGAAUAUGCUUUGAAUUGUUUACUGUGCCACUGUUUAACAGUGGAGGUUAUAGGAUAUGAUUAAACAUAGAAAACAUAUCAGUUGAGAAAGUAAAGUUUGAGUUCAAAGAAAUUUAGUACAUUAAAUAUUUUAUGCAGAGUUACUUGUUUUUUUCUGUAUUGCCAUUUGCCACUCACAUUCUAUUUAUUUUGGCAUGGAUUUCUGCAUGAUGCACAAAUGUAACUGUUUUAAACUUAUAACCCAUAAAUGUUUGAUCUCACAGUGAUUGACAUUUCAGCGAAUAUCAUUAUAAAUAUAAAGAUGUUCUUUAUAUAUAAAUGUUCAUAUGGUUUCAACAUGUUGGUAGUUUCCUGGUAAUAUUGUCCUUGUUUGUAUUUUUUAAGUUAAUGCCAACAAGCAAUGUAUGGUAUGUUAUGUAAUUUAUAAUGAUAACUGUUCCUUGUCUUUGUUAUAUUUUUUAUGGCAAAGUGCUUAAAAUUACUGUUGGGUAAAAUUGAUAUUUAAAAAAGCUCACAAUGCAGUUUUGCACA